GCGUUGCUAUUGGCUGAGCGCGAAAUUUCAAACGUAGUAGGAACAGUAGCGCGUCAGAGAGAAACAAACCUAACGAUGCAAGUUAUCGAGAGUAAUUGAUUUAUAAAUCAAUCAGUCUGGUAGAUUGGUCGGAAAGCGGCCACCAAUUGAAAUUUGAAAGUUUUUUUUUUUUAACUAAAUGCAAAAUGGAUAUUCCCACAUAUUUACAGCGUUUCAAAGACCGUAUGAGCACGUAUACGGGAGACGACCCACUGGAGCCAUGGGACGGCUUUGUGGAGUAUCUGGAGCAAAGGUUUCCUGCAGGCGGCUGCGGAGGGAUGUCGCUGGUGUUUGACAGUCUUGUGGAGAGCUUUCUGAACGUCAAGCGCUACGCAAAUGACAUUAGAUAUGUGAACUACUGCAUCAAAUGUGCGAGUUAUUAUCCAGACCCCAGUGAGCUGUACCGCUACGUUUACAGUAAGGGCAUUGGCACCAGGACCGCUGCCCUCUAUGUGGCCUGGGCCCAGCACUUUGAGCAGAGGGGAAUGAUCGAACAGGCCGACGCCGUGUACCAGCAAGCAAUGGAGAACCAGGCACAGCCUGCCGAAGCGGUUCUCAACGAACACAGGCAGUUUCUAAGAAGAACAGGAAGCCAUGCUCCGGGAUCAGCAGGGAGUCGAAACCCUUUGCAAAACUCCCACUUAACCAAUCAGAUGUCCUCUGAAGCAGAGCCUGGAGCUCCACACAAGGCCUCUGUGGAUUGUCCAUCCAAACCACCUGCACAGAAAACCACCAUAAUAGUGUCUCGCUCUGAGACGUCGGGGACGAUCCCCUCCAGCCAAGGCUCCAGCGUUCGGAUGGUGCCGGCGUACACACAGGAAGUACUUGUUUGCGAAGGAUCUGAAUUAUGUUUCGAGGAGGUGCGAGCAGAAAACUACCUGCGUAAGAUCCGGGAGAAGAAGGAAAAGGAGCGUAUAGAAAUGGGGGAGAAGAUGAGGAGGGAAGAGGAAGAGAACAUCCUGAAGAUGACGUGUGAACUGGAGGAAGUGAACCAGAACCUGGAGGUCUUUGGAGCUUUGAGCAGCCAGCCUUCAUCACAGAGGCUGUCUGCAGCGGAAACGGCCACCAGUCUGAACCCCAAUCCUACCCAGCAGCCCGUUGGCCGUCCCCGACCCUCAAACCGUCUGAGCAACAGGCGCUCUCUCGGCUUGAGAUUACACAGCGAGCCGCCCUUCAUCCAUGACUGCGCCGCUGACCCGCUUCGGCAGCAGCACAGCACCGCAGCUGCUGACACUAGUGUUGACUUACCACCUCCGGCGUCUGUCGCUUCAGCGUCUGUCGCUCUGGCGUCUGUCCCUUCAGCGUCUGUUGCUUCAGCGUGGACGGUUUGGCCCCGGUCAGCCCAGCUGCCUGUCGGCUUCGAGCAGACAGACCCGUUGCUCCACAGAUCAGUCCUGGCUGAAAGGAGCGUUCACUUACCCCCUCCAGCGUCCACAGACCCGGCAUCUGUUGCCAGAAACGCUGGCGCUCUCCGCCAGGACGGUUGGGUUCAACCCGGCAGCUCGCAGAACUGUCCCCCCCAGGAGCGCCCCCCCACGCAGCAUGAUGUCAGUCACCCGCCGGCGCUCGAGGACAAACUGAAUCUGUCCCAGGGAAGCACCGCUAACUUGUCUCACUUGACUCCCAACACUUCACUGGGUUUUGUUCAGGCCACCCCAUCCAGGGUGCUGCCGUCACCCACUGUCAACACCCGGGAGGCACUGGAUGUGAUCAUGGACAUGUUCCAGGCUCCGACUUUCCAAGAGGACCCGUCGGCGCUCGGCGCCGCCGAGAACCUGUUUGACCCCGGCUACACAACAACCGGCGACGUCUCGUCCUUCACGAAGCCCGCGGCACCGUUCACCGUCUUCCAGGACGACACCGACAAAGAAAACUGCAGUGCUGCCUCUCGCUGUCAAGUCGAGAAGUCUAAACCACUCAGAGCACUGGCAGAAAUCGCCGUGUCCGGCAAACCCAAUGACACUCCAGACCUGAUGUCUGACGAGAGCACCAUGUGGGGCGAGCGCUACAACUCGCUGGCCGCAUGCCCAAACAGCACCAAGGACUUCGCCAUGUUGGCUCAGUUUGUCUCCACUCCGUCAGCGCAAAAGACGCCUUUCGGCGGCAACUUUUUCGAGGAAGAUGAGAACAAUUGCGAUGGCAAAGAAGACGCUGAUGAAGAUGCGUUUAUGAGACGUCAGCCAAAGAAACUCAGCCCAAUCAUUGAGACAAGUCCGUCUAACGAAACAGGCUUCAGUCAGCUGGCGCCCUCCUCCGCAGGGCUCGGCACCAUUGUGGGCGAAGGGCUCGCCACCGCCCCUCACUGCCUGACCACUUCCUCUUGCACCACCAUGGUGCAGCCCCCUCCUCCGGCCGUGCUGUCCUUCCAAGACCAGACCCUUUGUCCACCCAACUCCACAGACUCCUCCUGCGUGUCCAGGACCGCAGCCCCCAGCUGGGCGGUUUACACCAGCCCUGAGCAGCCUCUCAAACAGCCCCCGGAGAGUUCAACCAGACCUGACGGCGAAGCUUUUACCAUCAUGGAGGAGUUAGACAAACUGCCCAGUCCAGAGCGGCUCCAGAAACCAGUCUGUGACGUCCCCAUGAGCCCAGAGUGCGCUCUCAAAGCGGACUGGACGCUCAUCCGAAGCCCCGAGCGCACAGUGGAGCCAGACCUGGACGCCUUCCUGAGUCCCUGUCCACCCGGUGUCCGAGAUAUUCCCAUGAGUCCGCAGCAGCCGCAGCUCUGUGCUGACGUGCCCAUGAGCCCGGCGCAGCUCGGUGCCGAGGACGAACCCAUGAUGAGUCUGGAGAUGCUGAGGUCGAGCACCGACGUGUCGAUGAAUGCCAGGGCGGCAGCGGUCCGGCUGGUGUCGGACCCCUGGGCCAAUGAGGUCAUCGCACGUCUUCUGUCAUCGCUGACCACGCCACUAACCUCGCACCCCUCCUGCACCAGCUGGCAGUGCAACUUGCCCAACAUCAGCCCUAAGACCAUCAUCAGCAUGGGAAAAGCGUCCCUGCGCGUUGACUGUGUCCUGGGAGAAGGGGCUUUUGCAACAGUCUACCAGGGUACCGACCUCCAGACCUCAGAGAGGGUGAUGCUGAAGGUUCAGAAGCCGGCCAAUCCCUGGGAGUUUUACAUCAACACGCAGCUGGACGAGCGCCUGCGGCCCGCCGUGCGCCACCUUUACAGCAGCAUCCGCUCCGCUCACCUUUUCCAUAACGGCAGCGUGCUGCUCGGCGAGCUUCACAACUACGGCACCCUGCUGAACGCAGUGAACGUCUAUAAAACCCAGAGUGACAAGGUGAUGCCUCAGCCUCUCGUCAUGUACUUCACCGUCUGCAUCCUGCACAUGGUGGAGCAGCUGCACGCCGCCCGCAUCAUCCACGCCGACGUCAAACCGGACAACUUCCUGCUGGGAGAGAGGUUCUUGGAGAACAAGUGUUUUGAGCCGGAGAACCUGGACCACGGCCUCGCCCUCAUCGACCUCGGCCAGAGCAUCGACAUGGAGCUUUUCCCAGAAGGCACUGCUUUCACCGCCAGGUGUUUGACGUCGGGCUUCCAGUGCACGGAGAUGCUCAGCGGGAGACCCUGGAACUAUCAGACGGAUUACUUUGGAAUCGCGGGGACGGUCCACUGCAUGCUGUUUGGGACGUACAUGCAGGUCACGAAUGAAGGUGGCGUGUGGGUGACAAACGGUGUAUUUAGAAGGAACCCCCACAGCGACCUGUGGCAGGAGUUCUUCCACACGCUGCUCAAUGUGCCGGACUGCAGCUCCCGGCCGGACCUCGGGAGCCUGCGCAGCGGACUGGCCGAGGUGCUGCGGCAGAACUACAGCAGCCGGCUCCCGACGCUCAAGAGCCGGCUGACGGUCCUGCUGCUGGAGAGCCGCAAGGCGGCGGCCCGCAGAUGACACGCGUCUCCUCCAUCACUCGGGGUAAAGCUUAAGCUUUUAAAGCUGCGGUGAAGUGUCCUCGGAGGAGACAUUUCAGCAUCGGAAUUUGUACAAUUUUCUUUCUUUUUUUUUUUUGCUUUUGUCUUGUUAGAUUUGUAUUUUUAUUGAAAAAUAAAAGUUGUG